GCUUCCGGGAUUUGGCGGCGCCUUUGUCUCUCGCUGCAGCCGGAGCUCCAGGUCUCGGCUUUACUGCUCUGUGUCCUCUACUCCUAGAGGUCCAGCCUCUGUGGGCCUGUGACCUGCAGAAAUUGGGAGAUCCACAGCUAAGACUCCAGGACCCCCUGGAAGCCUAGAAAUGGGACUGUUGACAUUUAGGGAUGUGGCCAUAGAAUUCUCUCUGGAAGAAUGGCAAUGCCUGGACACUGCACAGAGGAAUUUAUAUAAAAAUGUGAUUUUAGAGAACUACAGAAACCUGGUCUUCUUGGCAAGACCUGAUCACCUGUCUGGUGCAAGAAAAAGAGCCUUUGACUAUGAAGAGACAUGAGAUGGUGGAUGAACCACCAGGCUGGAAUGUGAUGUGUGAUCUCUGCCCACUGCAACCUCUGCCUCCCAGGUUCAAGCGAUUCUCCUGCUUCAGCCUCCCAAGCAGCUGGGAUUACAGGCAUGUGCCACCACGCCCAGCUAAUUUUUUGUAUUUUUAGUAGAGAUGAGGUUUCUCCAUGUGGUCAGGCUGGUCUCCAACUCCUGACCUCAGGUGAUCCACCUGCCUCGGCCUCCCAAAGUACUGGGAUUACAAGGCCUGAGCCACCACACCUGGUGAGAUAGUCUUAUUUUCACCAUGUGUUUGAUAAUAAAUAUAUAUUUCUUUUGUGUGAGGGAAACACUUUUGUGAUUUGAAGGUAAUUUAUGUAAAGAUUUAUAAUUCUGUAUUUUUUCCAGUUUUUCUUUUAAAAAAAUUAAUUGUAAAACCACAUAAAAUAAAUUUUACCAUCUAAAAUCUAUUGAAGUGUAUAUUUCAGGGCCAGGCAUGGUAGUGGCUCACAUCUUUGAUCUCAGGAUUUUGGGAGGCCAAGACAGGAGAAUUGCUUGAGCCCAAAAGUAUGAGACUAUCCUGGGAAAUGUAUGGAGAUUCUCUGUCUACAAAAAAUUUUUAAAAAUAGCCAGGCAUGGUGGUAUGCACCUGUGGUCCCAGCUUUUUGGGAGAUCGAUGGUGCAGGAUUACUUUAGCCUGGCAGUUUGAGGCUACAGUGAGCCAUAAUUGUGCCACUUUACUCAAACUUGGAUGACAGAGUGAGAACCUGUCUCA